UGACCAUUCAUCAAUUAAUUCUUCAGGGGAGACUUGGUUCUACAAAAAGUCUUCGCAGGAGACUUGUUAUAUAAGUCUAGCUUUUAUUUUUCUCCACUUUACAGCCAAAAACAAAAAACAAAAAACAAAAAGAAAAAACCAAAGAACAAAGAACAAAAAAAAACACGAUGCAUUCUUGUUGUGCGAGGAAGAUAAUAGUAUGGAGCUUGUGUUUAAUAUUUUCUCUUUCUCACUCAAUACUUGUUUGCGGUUCUUCACCUCCUAAGCACUUGUGCCGUCAAGACCAGAGGAAUGCGCUUUGGGAGUUCAAGAGUGAGUUCCCUCUCAGUGGGAUGGCUGCCGACGAGAAGACACAGACCUGGAGAAACAACAGUGAUUGCUGUUCUUGGGAUGGUAUCACUUGUGAUCCUAAGACGGGCAAUGUUGCUGAGUUAAAUCUCUGGGGCAGUUCUCUCAAUGGCCCUUUAAGAUCUAGUAGUGGUCUGUUUAAACUACAGCAUCUUCAGAUCCUCGAUCUUAGCUCCAAUAAUCUUGCCGGCAUUCUACCAGAUUCCAUCGGCGACCUCAAAUAUCUGAGGGUUUUGGGACUUUCUGGAUGCAAUUUAUUUGGAAAGCUUCCUUCAUCGCUUGGAAAUCUUUCUGAUCUCACUGUUCUUGAACUUGAUGGUAAUGGUUUCACCGGUGAACUACCAGUUUCACUCGGCAACUUAAAACAACUAACAAAGUUGCUAGUUGCAUCGAGCAAGCUCAGCGGGAACUUUCAUCAUGCGUUACUCAAUUUGACCGAGCUCACUGCGAUCAACCUUGUUUCCAACCAGCUUGAAGGUACGCUCCCAUCUAACAUGAGUAGCCUCUCCAAACUGGAGUACUUUGAUAUUGGUUCGAAUUUAUUUUCUGGAUUUGUUCCGUCGUCUCUUUUCAUGAUCCCUUCGUUGAUCCAUCUUAAACUGGAAAGGAAUCACUUCAACAGUCUCCUUGAGAUUGGGAAUAUCUCUUCACCAUCAAAACUUCAAACUUUAAGCCUUGGAGGAAACAAGCUCAGUGGGCCAAUCCCGGGAUUUAUAUCAAAACUAGUCGAGCUCUCUUCUCUCGACCUCUCUUUUUGGGACACACUCAGGGGCGAUGUCGAUCUCAGCAUCUUCUUGCAUCUCAAGUCACUUACGUCCCUUGACAUCUCCACUCUUAAUACAAGAAGUAUUGUCGACAUGAGUCUCUUCUCGCAUUUCGAGUCACUAAGCAUACUAAGUCUUUCACGAAAUACUGUGAAGUUCAGUUCAACUCUCCAUCUGGUCUCACCCAUUGGAUCAUUGGCUGUAGCAUCCUGCAAUAUUUCUGAGUUCCCCAAGUUUCUACGAACGCAAACCAGUUUGUUCUACUUAGAUAUUUCUCAGAAUCAAAUAAAAGGGCAAGUACCAGCGUGGUUAUGGAGUCUCCCAGGAUUAGCGUAUGUAGACUUUUCUCUGAAUUCAUUUACUGGUUUUGAUGGACCAGCGGAUGUUUUUCAAAGAAAUGAAAUAUAUUUGCUUGAUAUAAGUUCGAACGCUUUUCAGGAUCCAUUUCCUUUGUUGCCAAAAUCAAUAACGUUUCUUUCAGCCUCCGAUAAUCAGUUUUCGGGUGAGAUUCUGAAGACAAUUUGCGAACUGGAUUCUCUUGAAACACUUGUUUUAUCCAACAACAACUUCAGCGGUUCUAUACCUCGGUGUUUUGAGAAGUUCAAUACAAAGCUUACCGUCUUGCAUCUUCAGAAUAACAGACUCUCUGGUGAAUUUCCAGAGGAAUCUGUUAGCAUCGGCUUGAUUUCACUAGACGUUGGUCACAAUCAGUUAUCAGGAGAAUUUCCUAAGUCUCUGAUGAACUGCACUGGCCUCGAGUUUCUGAAUGUUGAAGAAAACAAGUUCAAUGACACGUUUCCUUUCUGGUUGAGAGUGUUGCCUGGUUUGCAGUUUCUUGUCCUUCGUUCAAACGAGUUCCAUGGGCCAAUAUAUUCUCCAGAAGGUUCUAUUAAUUUCCCCAAGCUGAGAAUCUUUGACAUUUCUAAAAAUCUCUUCUCUGGAGCCUUGCCAUCAGAUUACUUCUCUGGUUGGAGUGAAAUGUCAUCUGGUGUAUACACUCCAGAUAACAAGCAGAAAAGGUUUAUAGGAAUUGGCUUCUCAAACUAUGUUAAGUCGGUGGUCCUGGCUAACAAAGGUUUGGAGAUGAAGUUGCUUGGUACUAGUUUCAAUAUCUACAAAAGCAUCGAUGUUUCAGGAAACAGAUUCAAAGGAGAAAUCCCCAAAUCCAUCGGUUUACUCAAGGAGAUGAUUGUGCUCAACAUGUCAAACAACGCUUUCAUAGGCCAUAUUCCACCAUCUCUGUCGAACUUGACCAAUCUCCAAUCACUGGAUCUAUCCAGAAAUAGAUUAUCCGGAAAAAUCCCACCGGAGCUCGGUAAACUUACGUUUCUAGCUUGGAUGAACUUCUCUUACAACAACCUCGAAGGUCCAAUACCACAAGGCACUCAAAUUCAAAGCCAGGAUAGUUCUUCAUUCCUACAGAACCCUGGGCUAUGCGGUGCUCCUCUUCUGAAAACCUGCAGUGGAGGAGAAGAAGCUACAAUAAACAAAGAUAAAGAAGAAGAUCAAGUAUUGAGCUGGAUUGCAGCUGGAAUAGCCUAUGUACCUGGUGUAUUCUGUGGAUUCACUAUCGGGCAUAUUCUGACUUCAUACAGACAUGACUGGUUCAAAAGGAUCUUUCACUAUUUUUCUUAACAUAAGCAUCCCUUUCCUAAUGAUAUCUACUAUAUUAAUAAUCAUCUCUAUGUCGUUUUAAAUUAAUUACCAUUGUAAUGGCGUGAAAAAUUCUCUUUUGUUGUAUUGUUUUGCCACUCUUGUUGUGAUGAUCUGUGUGUUUUGGCGCAGUUAAUUUCCUCUUUCACUUUA